CACCCACAAGUCGAGCUCCCUGCCACUGCCUAUUGUUUACAAACUUUAUGAAAAGAGAAAAGUUUUCAACGAUGAAUAGAAGCGCAGCGCACCUGCUUGGACCUCCCACACUUUGACCACCCUGUCAGUUCCCGCGCUGGCCAGGCGGGCGGAGCUGGAGCAGAACGCCGCCGCGUUGACGCCUUGCUCAGAUACAGCACGCACAAGGUCUUACCAGGAUGUGCAGCGCUCGGCUCGGAACUCGAGCUGACAUCGGGACUCUGACAGGACGCGCGAGCUCCUCCUCUUCUGAAGCGCGCACAGAUCGGCCCUGCUUCCUCCUGUUGACAACAGCCAGCCUUGCGACAAGACUCACGAGCUAACCGGGAUGAAACGCUUGACGCUACACAGUUAGUUGCGUCCUUCUAUUGGAGGGGUUCGGAAAUAGCCAGAGUCCGAUACUAAUCGGCAUCCCCCUGCGAGGGUCGCAUUUUUCAAAUGACAAUUUCAGAUAUUUAUUUCAGAACGAGUACCUUUUUCCACAACAGUAUUCCGAAUCUGAAUGGAACCCGCAGUCUGGUUCAGCAGACACGGUCCAUAGACUUAACCCUCAAAGCAAGUCCACAGACUGGUUUCGUAAGCCUAAACCUCAGUCUGGACUUGGAAUUGCUCCGUAGGGUUAACGUUCAGACCUGCUCCAGACACCCGAGCAUCAUACCGGGUCCACAGACCUGGUCUGGAGACCUAAUCCUCAGAGCAUAUGCAUGGACCUGAUGCAUAGUGGUUUUGUGUGACAUCACCGUCACAGAGGUACCCAUCUGUGACUGUCUGGAACCAGACCAGACCUUCCAAAACAAAGUUAGGACUUACUCAAAGAGUUCUCUGAUGAACGCCAGGAUCCUCGGAGAACUUUCUGAAGCUGGGGCUGACCUGAGAAGGAAAAUAGAAAAAAAAAAAGUCUCAUUGUGAUCUCACGGUGACUUAGAAGAAAGGUUGGGGUUAGUGUUAGGUUAAGGUUCAGGACUUUUCACACAGAAAUUGUUUUUUUGGUGUUCAUCGUGGGACAGCGCGCAGGGACGACAGCAGGUCUCAGUGUCAUUGCCCACAUGAGCAAUGAAGUCCCCCAGCAGAACGAUGGAAUCCCCGCCGGGAGCGCUCUCCAGCACCCCUUCCAAGGACUCCAAAAAGGGUGGGUACUCUGAACUGCUUUUUGGUGCCUAGGCACAAACAACAGUCAGGACCCGUCCCCCCACCCUCUCGUCCACCGGGGUGAACCCCAACGCACAGGUGCUGAGCCGUGGAGCAAUAAGUGUAACCGCACCUGCUUGGCGCCUCUCACCGUGGGCAACUCCAGAGUGGAAGAGAGUCCAACCCCUCUCAAGAGGACUGGUACCAGAGCCCAAGAUGAGUGUGGAGGCGAGUCCGACUACAUCUAGUCGGAACCUCUCGACCUCACACACCGGCUCGGGCUCCUUCUCUGCCAGAGAGGUGACAUUUCACGUCCCUAGAGCCAGCUUCUGUAGGCGGGGAUCGGAUCGCCAAGGUCCCUCCCUCCGGCCACCGCCCAGCUCACAGUGCACCCGACCCCUAUGGCCCCUCCCACAGGUGAGCCCAUGGGAAGGGGGACCCACGUUACCCUUUCGGGCUGUGCCCGGCCGAGCUCCAUGACAGUGAGACCUGGAAGGGCGUGAUUAGGAGGAACGGCCCCCCCCUAUCAGAACCCCAGCGGUGUUCUGUUAUUGGACUUCUGUGUUCAUCGCGGAUUGUCCAUAACGAACACCAUGUUCAAGCAUAAGGAUGUCCACACGUGCACUUGGCACCAGGACACCCUAGGUCGCAGUUCGAUGAUCGACUUUGCGGUCGUGUCAUCGGACUUGCGGCCGCAUGUCUCGGACACUCGGUGAAGAGAGGGGCGGAGCUGUCAACCGAUCACCACCUGGUGGUGCGUCGGCUCCGACGGUGGGGGAAGAUACGGGUCCGACGUGGCGGGCCCAAAUGUAUCGUGAGGGUCUGCUGGGGACCGUCUGGCAGAAUCCCCUGUCAAAAGGUGUUUCAACUCCCACCUCCGACAGACCUUUGCUCAUGUUCCCGAGGAGGCGGGGGACAUCGAGUCCGAGCGGACCGUGUUCCGCGCCUCCAUUGCUGACCGGAGCUGUGGCCGUAAGCUGGUCGGUGCCUGUCGUGGCGGCAUACCAUCAAGCUGAAGGAGGAGUCCUAUUGGGCCUUUUUGGCCUGUGGGACUCCUGAGGCAGCUGAUGGGUACCGGCUAGCCAAGCAGAAUGCAGCUUUGGUGGUCGCUGAGGCAAAAACCCGGGUAUGGGAGGAGUUCGGUGAGGCCAUGGAGAAAGACUCCCGGACGGCUUCAAGGAAAUUCUGGUCCACCAUCCGGCGUCUCAGGAGAGGAGAGCAGUGCACCACUAACACUGUGUAUAGUGGGGAUGGGGCGCCGCUGACCUCGACUCGGGACGUUGCGAGUCGGUGGGGAGAAUACUUCGAAGACCUCCUCAAUUCCACCGACACGCCUUCCCGUGAGGGAGCAGAGUCUGGGUUCUCUGAGGCGGGCUCUCCUAUCUCUGGGGUCGAGGUCACCGAGGUGGUUAAAAAGCUCCUCGGUGGCAUGGCCCCGGGGGUGGAGGAGAUUCGCCCGGAGUUCCUAAAGGCUCUGGAAGUUGUAGGGUUGUCCUGGUUGGCAUGCUUCUGCAACAUUGCGUGGACAGUGCCUCUGGAUUGGCAGACUGGGGAGGUGGUCCCCCUUUUUAAGAAGGGGGACCGGAUGGUGUGGUCCAACUACACACUCCUCAGCUCUCUCCCCAAGGCUGCUCCUUCACACUCCUCAGCUUCUCCGGUAAGGUCUAUUCAGAGGUGCCGGAGAGGAGGGUCCGUCGGGAAGUCGAACCUCAGAUUCAGGAGGAGCAGUGUGGUUUUCGCCCUGGCCGUGGAACAGCGGACCAGUUCUACAACCUCGGCAGGGUCCUCGAGGGUGCCUGGGAGUUCGUCCAACCAGUCUACAUGUGUUUUGUGGACUUGGAGAAGGCGUUCGACCGUGUCCCUCGGGGAGUCCUGUGGGGGGUUUCUUCGGGAGUACGGGGUACCGAACCCCCUGAUACGGGCUGUUCGGUCCCCGUACGACCGGAGUCAGAGUUUGGUCCGCAUUGCCGGCAGUAAGUCGGACUCGUUUCCGGUGAGGGUCGGACUCCGCCGAGGCUGCUCCUUGUCACCGAUUGUGUUCGUAACUUUUAUGGACAGAAUGUCUAGGCGCAGCCGAGGCGUAGAGGGGGUCCGGUUCGGUGGCCUCAGUAUUGCAUCUCUGCUUUUUGCAGAUGAUGCGGUUCUGCUGGCUUCAUCAAGCCGCGACCUCCAACUCUCACCGGAGCGGUUCGCAGCCGAGUGUGAAGCGGUUGGGAUGAGAAUCGGCACCUCCGAAUCUGAGACCGUGGUCCUCAGUCGGAAAAGGGUGGCGUGUCCUCUUCGGGUCGGGGAUGAGAUCCUGCCCCGAGUGGAGGAGUUCAAGUAUCUCGGGGUCUCGUUCACGAGCGAGGGAAGAACGGAACGGGAGAUCGACAAGCGGAUCGGCGCGGCGUCUGCGGCGAUGCGGACUUCGUAUCGGUCCGUCGUGGUGAAGAAGGAGCUCGGCCGAAAGGCGAAGCUCUCGAUUUACCGGUCGAUCUCCGUUCCUCCCCUCACCGGUGGUCACGAGCUGCGGGUCGUGACCCAAAGAACGAGAUCCCGGAUACCAGCGGCCGAGAUGAGUUUCCUCCGCAGGGUGUCCGGGCUCUCCCUUAGAGAUCCGGUGAGAAGCUCUGUCAUCCGGGAGGAUCUCAGAGUAGAGCCGCUGCUCCUCCGCAUUGAGAGGAGCCAGAUGAGGCGGCUGGGGCACCUGAUUCGGACGCCUCCCCGGUGAGGCCUCCUACGUCUCUCGGCUGGCCUGGGAAUGCCUCGGGAUCCCCCCGGAAGAGCCGGAGAGAGUGAAGUCUGGGCUUCCCUGCUAAAGCUACUGCCCCCGCGACCCGACCUCAGGUAAGCGGAAGAAAAUGAAUGAAUGAAUGAAUGAAUGGUAUUCGCCGUGGGACAGCGCGCAGGGACGACGGCGCCCAGGCGCAAGCUUGCCCGUACUUGGAAGUGGUUGCUUAAAAAAAGCCUGCGCCAAACUCUCCGCUACCGGACGCGCCGUCUGACGUCACAGCGCCGCGACGGCAAACGGGCAACUCGGCCACGUGAUGCGGUGUAUCGCCGUGGCGCGAACGGGUUGGUAGACGGCGCGCUGCCCUCUGCCAAGUACGGUGUGUGAAAAGGCCUUCAGGCGGGUUAGGUCUGUCUCACCUCAACAGGCGCCCUUGACUUUUUUCUGCAAACCUUUUCUUUAAUGAUAAACAUCUCCCGUUUGGAAGGCUGAAUGAGCUGCAAAACAAACGAAGGCUUCCUGUGAUUUGACUUCCACAAUGACAACAACGUAGGCAUGCUCUCCAAGUACAGCACGUGGCAGAGGGGCUCAAAGCCCAGCAUGAAGCCCGGCUCCGUCCGUCCGCUGUCCAAGUGUCCUUGGGCAAGACAGUCGAGCCUACACUGCCCCCAGGUCGACAUUGUCAACUCAAUGAUCAUUUGUUACUUGAUUUAUUGUAAAUAAUCCAAUAAAAAGGUUGCCAAUAUAACUAAAAACAAUUCAGUCAUUGGUUUAAGUCCUGAUAAAUAACAUGAAUGAUGAAAAUGCUUUUUCCAACAUAGGGGCGUGCGCGGGGGCUGGUGACUUUGUCAAUAGCAGGGAAAGCCUUACAAUCGAUCGAUGUCAACGUUGACCUUCGAAGUGGUAGCGGUCUGCAAAUCUUUCUGCAGGUUGACGUCUUGAACUCUGAUUGAAAAAAAGCGCAGUGGUCCGUUCAUUCAAGUUCUAUAAAAAUAAUAACAAUCAAUUACAUGAAUCUAUGAUAACAAUAACGGCGGCAGUUGAUCAGAGACGUUUUCUUUGCCACCUUCCGUACAGAGCGGCAGGCCCGCCACACAUUCUUCACGUUAGGAUUGAUGACAUCGGUGCCCCCGACUGCCCGCCCCCCCCACCCCCCCAGGUGUCCGCC